AUGUCAUUCAAGCCAUCCAUGCAACUCCUCCGAGCGCUGCGGGCCCCCCGCCCCAGCAACUCCCUCCGCACGCCUGCGAACCGCGCCUGUCGCUUCUACUCGACUGACGAUGCACCACCGCCGUUGCUGUCCAAGCUCAAGGCCGAGCUCAAGACGGCCAUGCGCGCCAAGGACGUUCCUCGUUUGGCUGUCCUGCGCGCCAUCAUGUCCGCCAACCUCAAUGCCUCCAAGACCGCGAGCCCCAUCCGAACCGACAUCCAGCUCGUCGCCCUGAUCCGCAAGAUCCAGAAGAGCUCCAUGGACGCCGUUACGGAAGCCAAGGCCGCCGGCCGUGAGGACUUGGUCCAGAAGGAGGAAGAUCAGAUCAAGGUGCUGGAGGAAUACGUUGCCGGCAGUGGCGUGCAGACGCUCGGUGAGGCUGAGCUCAAGGCUCUGGUGAAGGAGGCCGUCGAGGCGUCCACAGCAGCCGGAAUCAACGUCAAGUCUCUCAUGGGCGAUGUGAUGAAGCGCCUGUCUGGUGCCAUCGAGGGAAAGGAUGUCGACAAGAAGGAGAUUGCCAAGAUGGUCAAGGAACUGACCGCCUGA